UCCGGGUUCGCUUGCCUCGUCAGCGUCCGCGUUUUUCCCGGCCCCCCCCAACCCCCCCGGACAGGACCCCCUUGAGCUCGUCCCUCAGCUGCCACCAUGAGCGACCAAGAUCACUCCAUGGAUGAAAUGACAGCCGUGGUGAAGAUUGAAAAAGGCGUUGGUGGCAGUAAUGGGGGCAGUGGUAAUGGUGGUGGUGCCUUUUCUCAGGCUCGAAGCAGCAGCACAGGCAGUAGCAGCAGCAGUGGAGGAGGAGGAGGGCAGGAAUCCCAGCCAUCCCCUUUGGCUCUGCUGGCAGCAACUUGCAGCAGAAUUGAGUCACCCAAUGAAAACAGCAACAACUCCCAGGGCCCAAACCAGUCAGGGGGCACAGGUGAGCUUGACCUCACAGCCACACAACUUUCACAAGGUGCCAAUGGCUGGCAGAUCAUCUCUUCCUCCUCCGGGGCUACCCCUACCUCAAAGGAACAGGGUGGCAGUAGUACCAAUGGCAGCAAUGGCAGCGAGUCUUCCAAGAAUCGCACGGUCUCUGGUGGGCAGUAUGUUGUGGCUGCCACUUCCAACUUACAGAACCAGCAAGUCCUGACAGGACUACCUGGAGUGAUGCCUAAUAUUCAAUAUCAAGUAAUCCCACAGUUCCAGACCGUAGAUGGGCAACAGCUGCAGUUUGCUGCCACUGGGGCCCAAGUACAGCAGGAUGGUUCUGGUCAAAUACAGAUCAUACCAGGUGCAAACCAACAGAUCAUCACAAAUCGAGGAAGUGGAGGCAACAUCAUUGCUGCUAUGCCAAACCUGCUCCAGCAGGCUGUCCCCCUCCAAGGCCUGGCUAAUAAUGUACUCUCAGGACAGACUCAGUAUGUGACCAAUGUACCAGUGGCCCUGAAUGGGAAUAUCACUUUGCUACCUGUCAACAGCGUUUCUGCAGCUACCUUGACUCCUAGCUCUCAGGCAGUCACGAUCAGCAGCUCUGGGUCCCAGGAGAGCGGCUCACAGCCUGUCACCUCAGGGACUGCCAUCAGUUCUGCCAGUUUGGUAUCAUCACAAGCCAGUUCCAGUUCCUUUUUCACCAAUGCCAAUAGUUAUUCAACAACUACUACCACCAGCAACAUGGGAAUUAUGAACUUUACCACCAGCGGAUCAGCAGGGACCAACUCUCAAGGCCAGACACCCCAGAGAGUCAGUGGGCUACAGGGGUCUGAUGCUCUGAACAUUCAGCAGAACCAGACAUCUGGAGGCUCGCUGCAAGCAAGUCAGCAAAAAGAGGGAGAGCAAAGCCAGCAGACACAGCAACAACAGCAAAUUCUUAUCCAGCCUCAGCUAGUUCAAGGGGGACAGGCCCUCCAGGCCCUCCAAGCAGCACCAUUGUCAGGGCAGACCUUUACAACUCAAGCUAUCUCCCAGGAAACCCUCCAGAACCUCCAGCUUCAGGCUGUUCCAAACUCUGGCCCAAUCAUCAUCCGGACACCAACAGUGGGGCCCAAUGGACAGGUUAGUUGGCAGACUCUUCAGCUGCAGAACCUCCAAGUUCAGAACCCACAGGCCCAGACAAUCACCUUAGCCCCAAUGCAGGGUGUUUCCUUGGGGCAGACCAGCAGCAGCAGUACCACCCUUACACCCAUUGCCUCAGCUGCCUCCAUCCCUGCUGGCACAGUCACUGUGAAUGCUGCUCAGCUCUCCUCCAUGCCUGGUCUCCAGACCAUUAACCUCAGUGCGUUGGGUGCUUCAGGAAUCCAGGUGCACCAGCUUCCAAGCCUGCCGUUGACUAUAGCAAAUGCCCCAGGUGAUCAUGGAGCUCAGCUUGGCCUCCAUGGGGCCGGUGGUGAUGGGAUGCAUGAUGACACAGCAGGCGGAGAGGAAGGAGAGAACAGCCCAGAUCCCCAACCCCAAGCUGGUCGGAGGACCCGGCGGGAAGCAUGUACCUGCCCCUACUGUAAAGAUAGUGAAGGAAGGGGCUCUGGGGAUCCUGGCAAAAAGAAACAGCACAUUUGCCACAUCCAAGGCUGUGGCAAAGUAUAUGGCAAGACCUCACACCUCCGGGCACACUUGCGCUGGCAUACGGGCGAGAGGCCAUUCAUGUGCACCUGGUCAUACUGUGGGAAACGCUUCACACGUUCUGAUGAGCUGCAGAGGCACAAACGCACACACACAGGUGAGAAGAAAUUUGCCUGCCCUGAGUGUCCCAAGCGCUUCAUGAGGAGUGACCACCUGUCAAAGCAUAUCAAGACCCACCAGAAUAAGAAGGGAGGCCCAGGUGUAGCCCUGAGUGUGGGCUCUUUGCCCCUGGACAGUGGGGCAGGUUCAGAAGGCAGCGGCACUGCCACCCCUUCGGCCCUUAUUACCACCAAUAUGGUAGCCAUGGAGGCCAUCUGUCCAGAGGGUAUUGCCCGACUUGCCAACAGUGGCAUCAACGUCAUGCAGGUGGCGGAUCUGCAGUCCAUUAAUAUCAGUGGCAAUGGCUUCUGAGAUCAGGCUCCCAGGGCCAGAGACAUAUGGGCCAUACCCAUCAACCCUGGGUGCAAGGUAGCAUGGGUCCAAGAGACAUGUGGGAGAGAGAGCCAUGAGGCAUUAAAAUUCAUGGUGGUGGGAAGAAUUAGGGGAGGGAUACAAGAGAAGAAAUGGGGUCCUGGCACCCACCUAUAUCAUCAGUACCUCCUUGAAGUGGGAAACAUUAGUGAAAAUUCUGUUGGUGCCACCUUUGAUGAGAAUUUGUUUGACCCCAAAUAGUUUCUUCUUACACUUCUUACCCCAGCCUCCCCUUCCUGCGUUUCCCUUCUCAGCUCCCCCAUGAUGGAUCCCCCCCUUUUCCUAAAGCCAUCAUGCCUUGAUAAAUAUAUAUGAUCAUUGAAAUA